AUGGCAGAAAAUUCGUCAUCUCAUCGGCAACAUGGUCCUCGACCAAACAAUCUACAAGUAGAAGGAAUUCCGGAAGACGCCUCGGACGAUAACGAGGUUCAAUCCAAUCGAGCAAAUGAUCCUCUCACUGCAGGAAUAUUACCAGCAAAUCCUGCCAAUUCAAUUUUACCACCAGGAGAAACUCCGAUAUCCUGGUAUAUCCGGUCUCAAGGGGCAUUAAACGCAGCAUGCACACAGCUAUGUGCUCAAACUGCUCCCCUGACUCAAUCACGAAGACCAGGAACUCGUGCUCAUGCCUUUCAGCGGGAAGAAUCAACGUAUGAAGAAGUUUAUGCCAGAUCUACGUCACAACACAUUCAGACAGGAAGUCAUCAGAGAGAGAACCAUGACAAAACACACCGAAGACGAUCAGUUCAUGAUAGGUUGGGUUCUCAACAAGAUACCCGCACAGAUGAAUCCGAUCCAACAUACCGUUUAAGUGCCAAUACCAGUGUAUUCAAUCGGUUGCAACCAAACUACAACAAGUAUAGACCUCGAGCGGUUUAUAACCCUGAGGCAGAACACAACUAUGACUUGGUUUACCGCCCUGCAGAAGCAGCGGAAAAUUCAAAGUUCAUACUGGAAAUAGCUUUAGCUCCAUUGGAGAAGGCUAAAUUACCAUCCAAUGUGGGGAAGUUCAAUGGGUUAACAGACCCCGACGAUCACUUAAGGGUGUUUACCAGCGCAGGUCUGGUUAGGGGUUGGACUCUCCCACUAUGGUGUCAUCUGUUUGUACAAACUCUGACCGGCCCAGCGCGAAUUUGGUUCGACAAUCUACCAACUGGACAGAUCGAAUCAUGGAACGAUCUACGAGAAAAGUUUUUGACACACUUCAGCCAGCAGCGGCGUUCCAUACGCGAUACGUCCGACGUCAUGAACAUCUGGCGCUGGGAUGACGAAAAUCUGGAAGAUUUCAUCACCAGAUACAAUAAAGAAGUACUGGAGAUUGGUGGUGUUCACGAACAGUUGAUCCGCGCUCAAUUCAAGUACGCAGUUCGAUGCGAUGACAUGGUCAAAGUUCUAUCUGGAACAGAAGGCCUUCCAACAAGUUGGGAAAAGAUAAUGGCGGCGGCCAAAGUUUAUGCGCAAACCGAGAAAAACCUCACAACAAACAGGCCACCACCACCGCACAAUAGGCCCGCGGAUUUAAGCUCAACUGGCGAGAGAAGGUUUAAAAAAUCAUGGCGUGAGUCUGGAACAGGAAACCGCUCGUCCGAAGACGCCCGCGCAACAAUCAACAAACUCUCUGCGCAGCGGGAAAGCAAACAAGAAAAUAGGGAGAGACAGUGGACUCCCCUAACAAAAACCCUGGCGGAGGUCUUAAGUACUGAAGACUAUCAAUUCAAACCUCCGGUCCCGAUGAAAAAUAAACGUGGACAAGACCUGGCACAAUACUGCGAGUAUCACAAAGAUACCGGGCACACCACUAACAACUGCAUCUCUCUGCGCACAAAAAUAGAGAAAGCCCUCAAGAGCGGCGAAUUAACACAUUUACUCCAAAAUGUACGAAAAGAGAUUAAGAAGAUAACCCGGGGGGAAGAAGGCCCAAGUAAACGGGCAAAAACCUAA